AAAUCUAUUAGAAUACUGUGUUUGGUCCAUGGAUUCAAUUCGAGAAACUCAUUAUAGUUCCAACUGUGGUAACCCCAGCCUCAUCGACGUUGGCAAUAACGGUGCUGCCUCGCUUGCAUCGUCUUCUUCUUCUUCUUCUUCGACGACUUCAAGCCGCUACGAGAACCAAAAGCGCCGUGAUUGGAACACCUUUGGCCAAUACCUCAAGAACCAUAAGCCCCCACUGUCUCUCUCCAGGUGCAGUGGAGCUCACGUCCUCGAAUUCCUUCGCUACCUCGACCAAUUCGGUAAGACCAAAGUCCACGCUCAAAUCUGUCCUUUCUAUGGACUCCCUAACCCACCAGCCCCUUGCCCUUGCCCGCUCCGUCAAGCCUGGGGCAGCCUCGACGCUCUUAUCGGCCGCCUCCGAGCUGCCUUUGAAGAAAACGGUGGAAAACCCGAAGCGAACCCUUUUGGGGCACGAGCUGUAAGGCUUUAUCUUCGUGAGGUUCGUGAUAUGCAGUCAAAAGCAAGAGGGAUUAGCUAUGAGAAGAAGAAGCGUAAGAGACCACCGGCUCAACAGAUCCCGACUCCACCAUUUCCGCCGCUGCCGCCGCCACCGCCACCACAGCCAGGUGCAAGUUAAAACUACAUGUGCAUCAGCAAAGUAA